AUGGGUCUGAAUCAAGUGCUCCUGCUCAACAGAGGAGUUCCUGAGGCUCCCUUCAGCGUGGUGUAUCCGGAGAGAGCUCUGGACUCCUGCUAUGAGGUGGCUCUGCGUGGGGAGGCCUCAGGCAUCAGCUACCUCCUGGACACCACCGAGAUCGACUGCGGGCUGCAGGGUUACAUUGAACCUGGCAAGCAGCAAGUGCUGAAAGUCUAUUACCUGCCAGGAGUGCCUGGAGUCUUCUGCAGGGCUUUCCAGAUCCAAGUGGGUCACCUGGAGCCAGCAAAAAUCUGCCUGAAAGGAGAAGGGACCUUUCCCAGGAUCCACUUGGACCUGCCCAGGAACAUCAAAGGCAAUGCCAAAUAUGAGAAGAUCCUCCAAAAGGCCCAAGAAAAGCUGGACAAAGGCAGCCAGAGAGACGAGGCCAUUGCUCUGGGGGAGGCUGUGGCAGCCGAGCCCCGCAUGGACGACUCGGGCACCGUGUGGGAUGCUCAGCUGCAGAUGCAGAUGGAGGAGAUGCUGAUGGAGGAACAUGCCGUGGAGCAGCAGAAAGCUCUCAGCUCCCGUCCCCCGGAGGACACUGCCUUUCACCAGCGUGUCCAUCGGAGGCUUCUCAAAGCUGAGCUGCCCGAAUACAUCCUGGACCUUGGCUAUGUUGUUCCCGGUGACAUCCACACACACACGGUGAAGAUCACCAACACUGGGCACUUCCCUGCAUCUUUCCGUGUCGAUGGAUAUGUCCUGUAUAACACAGGCUUCAGCGUGUGCCUGGAGUGUGUGAAGCGCCUGCCCUCCUGUGAGAGCAAGACAUUUGAAGUGUGCUUCGACCCACAAAGUGCCAACGUGCCCCUGGGAAAAGUGGAUGUGCUCCUGCCCAUCAAGGUCAGAGGAGGCCCCACAUUCCAGGUCCGCCUCCGUGCCAUGGUGGCUGAGCCGUCCCUCUGUGUGUCCAGGGACAGGCUGGAGUUCUCUGCUGUCCAGUGUGGGCAGUGCCAGGAAGAAACCAUCCAGCUCCACAACACGUUCCAGGUCCCCUGUAAAUGGUCCAUCAGCAUGACUGAUCCUGUUGAGGAGGUGGACAAACAUCUGCCAGGGAGCGAGCACCAGAAGCUGCUGGAGGAGAUGAAGUCUGUGCCCUGUGGCUUUGAGGUGCUGCCCUCAGCUGGAAGCCUCGCUCCAGGACAGCAGUGCCACGUCCAAGUCCGUUUUUCACCCACGGAAGAGAAGUGCUACCGGGGCGAGCUGCAGAUCCAGAUUUGCCAGAGCAGCCAACGCCUGCAGGUGCCGGUCUUGGGACGUGGUCUGGAGCCACGGCUGGAGUCCAUCCCUGGUUAG